CGAAAAACGUGCGGAGGCUCAGGCUUAUAGCUUACUUGGAGAGAUAUAUAUUUCCUUGGAGAAAUACGAUGAUGCCAUUCAAAAUUUCAAGCAAUGCAUCGAUAUCGUGAAGCGUUUUCGUUUCGAGAAGAAACCAGCGGUAAAUGCUUUUUUGUAUCUAGGAAAGAUAUAUGAGACACUGGAUCAGUAUAAUGAUGCAGUGCAUUACUAUAAGAAAUGCAUCGACAUGGCACAAGAAACUGGCGAGAAAAAGAUUGAAGCACAAGCAUGUCUAGGUCUUUCGUGUUUAUACCGGACAUUAGUUGAUAAGGAAAGCAUGGAUAAUGCCAUCCAAUACKGUAACAAAGGCCUGAAGAUCUSUCAAGAAAUUGGSGACAAAAAUACUGAGAUGGACGGAUAUCAUUGUCUCGCUCAUGCAUAUAUAGACUCGAUGCAGUUGAAUGAAGCGUCUUUGAGUAUGGAUGCUGGCAUGGCGAUUGCUACAGAGCUUGGAGACAAAGAAGCUGAAGAAAACUUCAAUGUAAUUCGUUCUAGUCUUUAUUGCACAGUUGGUUUGCAAAACAAGGUUGAUGCACCCUUAUUAAAGGAAUUAAUAGAGGUACCAACAUGUUCUGAAGAUGCGCUAUUACAGGAUCUUGACCAAGCAGUCAAGACAGGCGAUAAAAAGAAGGAAUCCAGAGCUUUCAUGAGGCUUUACAAAUUUUAUCGUUCUAGAAAAGAAUAUGUAAAAACAAUCAAUUGCCUACAGCUGUUUAAAGAGAUGAACGUUGAUUGUUCUGUGAACUUGUUCUGUAUCACAGAAAUGGGAAACUUGUAUCAUUUGAUGGGUCAGAAUGACAUGGCUUUACACAAUUUCGAACAAGGGCUACCUACUGCUGAGUCUUGCUCUGUUACUGGGCAGCUAUCCCUAUUCUAUCAUGGCUUUGGUCAAUUAUUGUGUUCAUUGAACAGAGAACUGAUCUUGGCAGAACAUUAUCUAAGAGAAGCUAUACGAUGCUUUGAAGCGACCUUUACCACACUUGGUAGUCGUGAGGAAUUCAAGAUCUCCAUAUUUGACGAAUAUAUCGAUAGUUAUAAGCUGUUGGCAAUACUGUUAAUCACAGGCAAACAGAUCGAGGAAGCGGUUUUAGUGUUAGAUCGUUGUCGUGCAAGAGCCUUGAAAGAUCUUAUGAUGUCAAACUUCAAGAUGGAACAAGAGGAGAGCAAUGACGAACACCUAGAGUACAGCGAUGUUUUGUCUCUGGUCUCAAGAAAUGACUUCAGCAUUGCCUUUUACACAAUUUGUUUUGAUGCUUUGCUGAAGUUUUUUAUUGGAGGGGAGACAAAUUCGCAUUAUUCACGUUGUCCUAAUCAUUCCCUUCAGAUAGACGUCGAUAGGUCGUUUAAGGAAAUGGGUGUUGGUGAGGUGGUUGACUGUGAGAACAGGUCCUUGGACAAAGAAGAAGAUAUUCAAAAAUAACAACGAAGAAGCAAAGAAGAAUACGAGGCACUUU